AUGACUUCUAUCAUUGGAUCAAGGACUUUCCAUUCAUAUCCCUGCAUGUUGAACUUGCUGACCCUUACCGUCUCCUUGGAUGGUCAUUGCCCAUACCUCAAGAUCAACUCUGAAAUUGCAUGGUCUCUUUGUUUGCGUGAGUUGUCGAGGCUGGGGCGAUCGCCGGAGCCCCGUUCUCACUUCUUUUCCUUAAAUUUCUCUGUCCCCUCUUCAUUUCCUGCACUCUCUCGCUUCGAAACAAGUGACAAAAGAAGUGGUGGGAAUUAUGGUAGUCCUCAGGUUAUUACAUGAUUUUUUGUCCCGAAGGGAGUUCAAAUCUCUUCUCUCGACUGUCCUAAUGGUACUUCCAUUAUGAUUUCAAAGUCCGCCCAGGGAAUCGCCGGCUGAACAAACUUUGGGCGAUCUGCGAUUUCGGUUGUGUUAUUAAAUUGUUGAUUCUCGAGCACACGAAGGGCGAUUUUAGGUUGCAAAUUUAUCUUGGAGUCUUUCAGUAGGCAUUUUUUCUGACUUUGGAGGGGAUUUUUAAACAUGAUCUCCUUCCUAUUGGUACUUUGCCGUACUAUUUUGUUUGGCUUAUUUUCCCUUUCAUUACUUUUUGAGCACAAAAGGGACUGAAUAAAGGCAUAUGGAAGAAAGAUGAAGGCUUGGACACGAAUCGAGGCCAUCCUGGGGAUUAUGACGUGAAAAUCAAGGUGAGAAGAAGGCCUUCCCUUUCGGAGUGCCGGGACUCAUUCUUCUCGAGGCGCGCCCGAGGCUGUGUCCACUACAAGAGAUGGGUGGGGCGAUGACCUUGAAGAACGAACUUCCCUAGAUCUUGCCGAGGCAUCGUCUAAUUGAAGUUAAAGUUUCCUUCGUUUCACCUGUUUUCGGGUGUUCCGGGCAAAUGUAAUGUUCCUAUGCAUGUAAAACAGGUGACUUCUCUAGUAAAUCCUCUCUCGUGGUAUUAGCAUCUAAACAAAAUUACAUAAAAAGGGAGGAAGAGCGACUUUGUAAUUGAAGAAGUCCUUCCAAUUCCAGAGUCUGACUACUUUCAAAUUCAUAUUUUUUUAAAUUAUAUUCGUUCUGAAAUAUUAUUUUUGUUUUCAAAGAACGUUUAUGUAAAGUGAUGCUUUUAUUAAGGUUACGGUUGAUAUUAGUUAUGCAAUAUCCCUCAAACUGAUUUUUCUUUUUUUCCUCGGACAUUUCGAGGCUGUUCUCGACCUUGAAGUGGACUUCGGAAGACGUCGACGGAGGCAAAAAAAAAAAGAAGAAGGAGAAGGUGAGAUGGCCGCCCGAAGGUACUCCGUAGUGCUGACCUGGGCGACUUCUCGGAAAGACGUCUCUUCUUCAUUGUAAGGAAUCAUCGGAGUAGUUCGUUUUUUUGCGAGAGUGGACUCCGAUGAUAGCCUUCUGUAAAUGGGGUUCGGGUCAUUGGCUCUUCUUCUUUAUUAUCAAUUAUUAACAGGCCCUAAACUCGAUUUGUGAGUCCUCGGUGUUAUUACAAUCCUUCUGGGCCUUCUUCAAUUACCAGAUGAGGGCGCCUGCGUUAAAUUUUUACACCUCAUAAUCCUUUCUUGGCCGCGGUUUGGCUAAUCUCUACCAUCCGAUUAUGGCCCAGAGAUAUUACUUUCGCCUUUUUCGGGGCUGGUUGAGGUGGAAGUUCGCUCUCUCAACGCCUCAGGUAAUGACCGCUCGGAUCUCUCCUUAAAUGCGUCUUAAGUGGCGGAAUCUCGAGGCAGGGAAGGGAGCUUGACGGGAAGGAAGAGAUCAGCGAGAAUGCCACUUUAAGUGGGUUUCUUUAGAAAGUAGCACAUCCUUUCAUUAUCCCUUCUUAAACAACGUUAUCGUCCCAACAUAUUUCGGGCUUUAUGAAUAUAUUUUGUUCACUUUCCUUUCCAGGAUCUCUUGGGCAAUCAACGUGUAAUACUCUUAUAAGAACAGAAUCAAAUAAUCAAAAGUAAGAAUUUAAUGUUUUUUAAUCUUUUAAUUACAAUUACCAUAUUAAAGUUCGCAAUAAUUUUAUGCAGUAAUGUUACAUGAGAAACCGGUGUUUGUGGCAUUGGCAAUAUCCCAGAAGAACGUGAUUAACAACACCCUGGGAAGAUCUUUGGCGGAUCGCCGGACUGUAUCCCCCGCCUCGGCAGCCUCGACAUCUUCAUCUGGAGACUCGGCCAUUGGAACAACCUCUCCCUCGACCACUGCUUCAAUCUCUCCCGGGUCUAAUGAACAAGUACAAUUGCAAAUCGCUUACAGUAUACAGAAUGAAGAUGGAAAAGAAAGUCAUAUAAUCGAGGUUACAGCAACCAAUAUUGAAGAGGAUCUGCAGAAAGUAUGGAAUUAUUGUGCAGUCUGAUGUAACUUUUACAGAUUACAAAUGAUCUCGGUCCCCACGCCAUCCUCGUUUGUUGUACAGAAGAUAUUAGACAAGUGUUACAUCCAAUUGCUGCUAUUCAGGCCACCAAGAACUAUAAUGUGGGGGAAGUUAUGGACAGCACUCUGAGACAAAGAUUACCUGCAGUCUUCAAUCAGUUUGUAAAUCUCGAGACUCUAACAGAUGUGGAUGAAUUGGGAUUAAAAAAUGUUACAGAAAGAUGCAAAAUUAUACACAAAAUUAUUCAAGAAAGUAAGGGUUUAAUUCAAGAAUUAAAUGUCUUUUAGAAGGACUGGAUCUCCUAAAUCUGGUCGAGAACAUAAACGAAGGCUAUACUCCCUUUGUGAAGUGAGUAGUUUUUUUGAUGCCCACGAUUUGAUUAUCUUUAUGACUAUUCCAUUUCAGCUUCGAUCGCCGAGUAGAUUCCUCGUUGAUUGUCCGUACUCGAGGGUUACCCUGGCAAGCAUCCGAUCAAGAUAUUGCCCUUUUCUUUGCCGGUCUUAACAUUGCACCGUAAGCGUGACAUAAUCAUAAUUACACAAAUGUUGUUUUGUGUGGUUAAUAUUCAAAUAUUUAUAGCGGCGGGAUUGCCCUUUGCCUUGGGAAUGAAGGACGACGGAAUGGCGAGUCCCUGGUCUGUUUCGAAUGUAAUUCCCAUCGAGAAUUGGCAAUCAAAAGACAUCGAAAAUUCCUUCACAAUCGCUACAUCGAGGUCUACAGAUCGACAGCCGAAGAGUUCUUGGAAGUAGCUGUGGGUAAGUUGGUUAACCUGAAGAGAACAAGUAGUCAAUUUGAGAGAGAAUACUCACAUAAAAACAUACCAAAAAACAGGUACUUGUAGCCACACUUGGAAGGAAUCACAUGCCCUUUGGCCCAAUUUGAGAAUGGUUUAUUUAGGGAAACUUUCUUUGUGGCCUCACUCUGCAUAAUAUAAUAGAAAGGGCAGCAGGAGUCUAAUGUCUUUAAAGCAAAUUUUAAUACUCAAAAAUAAUAAUGUUUUGGGAAGUUAGCCCAAGUUUUGGGAACAGUGCAAAUUGGAGACAGUGCAGAUGGGCAGAUUAAUAUGUUUACAGUCCAAUUUUUGUUUUCAAAAUCAGUUUUUGGGUCGAGAGUCUCGAGAAAAUGGAAUAUUUUAUGAAUGAGCCCUCUCUUUUGUACAUGUCCAAAAAUAUCUGAAUUGGUUUUUUAUGGGGAAUUGAUUAAUUUUUAGGCUCUGACUCCGAGACCCUCAAGUUUGUCUGCAGAGACGCCGCCAUGAUCAUCAGAAUGAGGGGACUCCCCUUUGAUUGUACGGAGCAUGAUAUUGUAAGUGAUUCUAGAGAUAUGUAUGUAUUCCAAGAAAAUAUUACUUAAUUUUAUGUUGUUUUAGAGAGCUUUCUUUAGUUCCGAUGGCCAAUCAGGUAUCAUGGAAGAAGGGGUCAUGUUCGUGAAUCGACCAGAUGGCCGACCUACCGGAGACGCUUUUGUUUUAUUCGGGGAUGACGAAUCUGGCCGCAGGGCUUUGGCCAAACACAAGAAUCGGAUCGGCUCCAGAUACAUCGAAUUAUUCAGAACAACGCAAGCCGAAGUCCAGCAGAUCAUCAGUCGGAUACAACAGAAGAAUAUUACGGUAAACUACAGUAUCCUUUUUCCUAAUAUAACUUUUUCAGCCAGCUUCGAUUUCCCCUAUGAAUACAAAUCCCCGUUUAUUCACAACAAAAAGGGACUGUUUGAGGAUGAGGGGACUUCCUUAUGAGGCCAAACCGGAACAAAUCGCUGAUUUCUUGGGGAUUCAUGCCAAGAAUAUUAAUGACAAAGGGAUCCAUAUGAUACUCAACAAUCAAGGAACCCCCUCAGGGGAAGCUUUUAUCCAAAUGAAAUCGGAUUCGGCCGCUUCUAUGGCCGCGAUUGCCAUGCAUAACAAGAAUAUGGAGUUGGGGAAGAAGAAGAGAUACAUCGAGGUGUUCCAAUGCAGUGUGGAGGAGCUCCAGGGAGUUCUGAACCCUCCUGCCCAAUUCGGGCAUGUCAAUUUGCCCUUUGGAAUCCCCCCAAAUACUUUUGUGACCCUUCCCGGCCUCUUGUCGAAUCAAUUACAACUGGCUCCUCAAUUCACAAUGGCCAAUAAUUAUCAGCGGAUUUGUGCAAUGAUGAAUCAGAAUGUGAUGCCUCAGGGGCAAAUGACUUUCCAUGCUCCUCCAGCAGCUGUCAAUCUCAACUUUGCGCCCAAUCAGUUGAAUAUUCUUGGCCAAGGAUUCGGCGCCUUGCCUGGCCAAUUGCCUUGUCCUUUCCCCAAUGACCAGCUUUACACUGCCACUACUCAUUUCCAACAACAACAUGUAAGGUCUAAGCUCACGAAAAUAAUCUUUUCAGAUGGGUUUCUUCGAUCCAAACCAGCCUCAGGGCUUCCCUCCUUCGCUCCAUAUGCCCCAUAUUGACGUGGCCACAGCAGCAGCGUUGAUCCAUCAGCAGAAUCUGAUGAAUCAGAACAAUCUGAAGGCAUCGGAGGGCUUCCUGCCGCUGGAUGUGAAGGCCGUUGAGAAUGGGCGGAGCCAUUUCCAGCAUUGCUGA